AUGGUGGCCGUGGCGCAAGUCGUUCCAGGAUUAAUCAUGAGCAGCAUCAGCCUUGCUCUAAACUUCACAUCGAAGAUCUUGAACAACAACGCUAACGACCCCGACGUGUGCACGACCAUCGAGGCGCUGGUUCGCAGCAAGGGUUACCCGUUCGAGACGCACGAGAUAGCCACGGAGGACGGCUACCUUCUGCAGAUGCACCGGAUACCCCACGGUAGGGAUGGACACUGCGGUGCUAACGAGACGGGCAUGGCGUGCUGCGAGCGAGGACCCGUGUUCGUCAUGACAGGCCUAUUAGCGGACUCGGCCUCCAUGGUGCUCGACUUCCCCAAGCAGUCUCUUGACGCUCCUUUGCCCGCUACUGCGUCCUCUUUAGACAGCUCCACUGAUGCCGACUUUGACAAGAUUAUCGUGCCAGACUUCGUUCCAGCACAGGCAGCUGAUCUCCGGCAUACCUUGUCAUACUUCAGGGACAUCUUCGACUUCGGCGACAGCCCUUUAGAUUUCACGGACAUACGUAUUGAACAACUCAGUGAAGCCAAUUUGCGGUCUACCACACGCCGUCCAGCUUCUGACCCCUCGGAUCCUUCCCUUUGCUUGUUCACGCCUAAUGACGGAAUACUCUAUCAGUGCAACAAAAAUACCGAAGGCCCGGAACUUCUUCUGGUUCUUCUGCAACGCUCCGUCCCACUGUGCUCGAACAACUUCAUGAUGCCCCAGCUGCUGGACAUCUCGGAGCAGCCCGCAAGAUACGUUUUGGCUGACAAUGGAUACGAUGUGUGGCUAGGAAACGUCCGCGGGACCACCUACGGGAAAAAGCACAAGAAGUGGGACGUCAAAUCCAAAAAGUUUUGGAAUUUUUCAUUUCACGAGCACGCCAUCUUUGACGUCCCAGCCCACAUCGACUACAUUCUGAGGGAGGCAAAGCGCAAAGAUCUGCUCUACAUCGGCAUGUCUCAGGGCACCCUCACGUUCUUCACCAUGCUGGCCGAAAAACCAUGGUACAAUGACAGGAUCAAAGCUUUCGCUGGGUUGGCACCGUUCUACAAGUUGGGACACCUAAAAGUACCGCCGUUAGCUGCGUUUUCACCUUAUGCCGAAGCACCAUUGCGACUGGCCCACGCCGCGGGAAGCUAUGAGGUGCUGCCUCAGGGAAUGCCGAUAGCAGGCUUCGUGCGUCACUUCUGCGGAUACGCGACGCGGGGCAUUUGCUCCUUACUCGCCGACAACUUUGCCAAUUUCGGAAGCAGGUACAUUAACGAGUCCAGAAUACCAGUCUACUUAUGUCACCUGUCGGCUGGAACGUCUAUGAAGAAUAUCAUUCACUUCGACCAGCUUGUGAAAUCACAGAAGUUUCAAAAGUUUGACUAUGGGCCGUUUUAUAACAACGAUUACUACGGAAAGCGGAGUGUUCCAGAGUACGAGCUGUCCAACGUAAAGACUGACCUUGGAAUCUUCUGGAGCGCCGGUGACGAGUUCGUGCCCCCUGAAGAUGUUCGUGAGCUUCUCAAGUCGCUGCAAGGAAACGUGAAGAUCAACCACUACAUAGACGACCCCUUCUACACGCACAUUCACUUCCUCGUGUCGACGACGAACGGAGUAUACCUUCACAAGGAACUGCUAGCUUUUCUGAGACGCUACGAUGACAAGGGAGAACUUUGUCCUGCUGCUUAGGGAAUGCCCUCACGAGAGCUGUAGCAGCCCGCAUUGGAUGUCCAACACAUUCUGCACAAUAAUGCAGUGGACCAUCGCCGAGAGGGAAUUCAUGGAAUAAUGCAUCUCGUAGACGUGAACGGUUAUCAACAAACAAUUCGUGGCUAAAUAAAUGCUUUCAGAGUAGUGUUAA